UUCUCUUUCUCUGUGUUUCACUAUCAAGAGCUUGCGUGCCGAUUGAUGUGUUAAUUGUUGAGGAAAAAGUUUGUUGUAUUUUUUCUGUCGUAACAAGUUUGAGUCUUGGUGAAAAUGGCAAGUCCUGCUAAAAGUCAUGCUAGUAGCCGUGCCUCAAACAGUAAAAGAUCUCGGCGUCGUUCUGCAGGAGCGAUGUCUGACGUUUCUGAUGUUGCUCCUCUGCCGUCUACUCCAUCUCGUAAUGGCGACCAUGAUCUGGAUAUUGGAAUGAGCCCUGGGGGAGCCAUUAGCGAAUUGGAUUUAAACUCCCCACUGAACUAUGGAACUCCAAGUUCAAUUUCGUCUCUACGAACCCCACGUUCUGGAGCUAGAGGUACUCCCAUGCAUCAGCGUCCUGAUGUUCGUUCUGAUAGAAAAGUCAGACAAGUAAAUUUGGGAGCAAAUGAGCAGGGAAAUUUGACUCCAAUUAGAGAACAAGCAGAAUCAGAGGGGCCCCAGCUUGUCAUUUGGGGUACUGAUGUCGUUGUCUCCCAGUGUAAAACAAAAUUCCGCCGCUUCAUCACUCAAUUCUUACAAAGUGAUGAAGAGGAUUUGGGAGAAAACAUGGAUGUUAAUGAACCAUAUUACCUUCAAGAAUUACAGCAGAUUGCUGAUUUGGAGGACCCAUUCUUGAACCUGAACUGUACUCAUCUAAAAGCUUUCGAUCCAGAUCUCUAUCGUCAGUUGGUUUGUUAUCCUCAAGAAGUGAUUCCAACAUUGGACAUGACGGUCAAUGAAAUGUUCUUCGAGAAAUACCCAGAUGUCAUUCUUCCGCAUCAGAUCCAAGUCAGGCCCUAUAGUGCCGAUAAAACCAAGAACAUGCGUGCAUUAAAUCCGGAAGAUAUUGAUCAAUUAAUCACUAUCAGUGGAAUGGUUAUUCGUACGAGCAACAUCAUUCCCGAAAUGCGCGAAGCCUUUUUUCGUUGCAACGUUUGCAGUAAUACUGCUUCUGUAGAAGUUGAUCGUGGCCGAAUCUUGGAACCAACUCUUUGCGCAAUGUGCAACACAGGAUAUUCAUUUUCCAUUAUUCAUAAUCGAUCGCAAUUUUCUGAUCGCCAAAUGGUUAAACUUCAAGAAUCACCUGAUGACAUGCCAGCAGGACAGACACCCCACACUGUGUUUGUCUUUGCUCAUAAUGACUUGGUCGACAAAGUUCAACCAGGUGACCGUGUUACCGUGACUGGUAUUUAUCGUGCUGUUUCUUUGCGCGUCAAUCCACUUGCCAGCAAUGUGAAAUCAGUUUAUCGAACUCACAUCGAUGUUGUGCACUAUCGUAAAAUUGAUACCCACCGUCUUCGCAAUCAAACCGAGCGAGGGAAAGAAACCCGUUUUUCUGCUGAACGAGAGGCUCUACUCCAUGAGCUUUCCAAGAAACCGGAUAUCUACGAACGGUUAGCUCGUGCUAUCGCUCCAUCAAUUUACGAGAAUGAAGAUAUUAAGAAGGGUAUACUACUUCAACUCUUUGGGGGUACGAAGAAAGACUUUACGGAAGUUGGUCGUGGUGGUUUCCGCUCCGAAAUCAACAUCCUUCUCUGCGGUGACCCUGGUACCAGCAAGUCUCAAUUGCUGCAGUACAUUUUUAACUUGGUUCCCCGGUCACAAUACACUUCUGGCAAAGGAAGCUCAGCUGUUGGUCUUACUGCAUAUGUGACCAAAGACCCCGAAACCAAGCAACUCGUGCUCCAGACUGGUGCUCUUGUCUUGGCAGAUAAUGGUAUCUGUUGUAUUGACGAGUUCGAUAAAAUGUCGGACGCCACGCGCAGUAUCCUUCAUGAAGUCAUGGAGCAGCAAACUUUGAGUAUUGCUAAAGCCGGCAUUAUCUGUCAACUAAAUGCUCGUACAUCUAUCUUGGCUGGCGCGAACCCAAUCGAAUCUCAGUGGAACAAAGACAAAACUAUCAUUGAGAACAUUGAACUACCACAUACGCUAUUAUCAAGAUUUGACUUGAUCUUUUUGAUGUUGGAUCCUCAAGAUGAGCUAUACGACAAACGCCUUGCUCGUCACUUGGUUUCCUUGUAUUACAGUGCAGCUGAAGAGAACGAAACUGAUUUCCUGGAUCUCGAUGUUUUGCGGGAUUACAUGGCUUAUGGAAAAGAGCAUAUUAAUCCAAUGUUGAAUGACGCAGCCACCGUACGUCUGGUUGAGGCCUAUGUGGAGAUGAGAAGAAUCGGUAGUGGUCGUGGCCAAGUGUCUGCAUACCCUCGACAACUGGAAUCCCUUAUACGCCUUUCAGAAGCCCAUGCUAAAGUCCGAUAUUCUGAAGUCGUCGAAGUUCACGAUGUUGAAGAAGCAUAUCGCUUGCAUCGCGAGGCGUUGAAACAGUCUGCCACUGACCCCAUGUCAGGCAAAAUUGAUGUCAACAUCCUCACCACUGGGCUGAGUUCAAUGGCAAGGAAGAAGCGUGGAGAUAUUGCGGCCGCUCUUCGCAAAAUGAUUGAAUCGAAAGGGAAAAUUAGCACAUUGAAUUAUCAAAAGGCCUUCAACGAAUUCAAAUCGGGAUCUGCUGUGAUGAUAACCAGAGAAAUGUUCGAAGAUGCAUUGAAGGAUUUGCAAGAUGAUGGAGUAGUUGUAGUAGCCGGUCGAUCUUCUAUCCGGAUAUGUCAUUAACAAGGAGAGUAACUGAAUAGCUAACUUUUGAUUCAUCACGGCGCACCGAACAAUUAUGUGCCAGUUCGAAGGCACUGUUGAUUUUAUUUUAUUUUGUCUACACAAUUAUCAUUUCGCCAAUACUUCAUUAAAGCUAUUCUGCAUUGG